GCCACACCUUUGCAUAAAGCUAAGGUGUCUGAGCAGCUCUAGGUAUUUCUGCAUGGUUAAAUGCGUCGCACUACCGCGAACCCAAGUGCUUUGCCAAACCCUGGUCUAGUCGCGUUGCACGGUGUGAAAAGACUUACGUAGCAAUGCCAGCUACGCCAUGGCACUGAGAUAUGCAAUCAGAUACCAGUAACCCCUUGAAGACCGUCCUUUGUCUUUGGGCUUCACUGAACACCUACCAGCUGGCGUGGCGACCCCAGUGACCAACUGCCUUUAUUUAGCAACAGCCCAACUAGCAGCGCACAGCUUCACUCCUAAAACUUUAUUUGCAAAGGCAUCUAGCCGCAGCCAUUUCCUGCGUCCAGGCAACUCCGCGGGAGAGCGACGGUUGGAAAGGGGGCAGUAGGUAUUCCCGCAUUUUGGACCCAGAUUCGAGCCUUCCUUCAGGACAGCUGCGUUUACUAUGUUAGGAUUCGUAGCUUUCAGCACGGCGCAUUCCAAAGGGCAGCUGCAGCGUCCAGUGCUUUGGCUAUUGCUGCUGCUGCUGGUGCCCUCUGCCUUCUGCGUCGGCUCUAGACAUCCCGAAGGUUCCUCAAGUCCACACGACAUCCUACCUCUACAAGCACUGCCAGUCCUAACCCCCGAUGCAGACGUUCCCCCCGUGUUUCUCAACGGAGCCUGGGACCCCUCGCGUGUGGGCGGUGGCGGCGGCCGUAACGCCUACAUCGCGGCGGUGCUUAGUAAGGAUGUGUACGUCAAACACGUGAUUGACCCACGGGACGGUUCGGCCGCGCGUCGGAACUUCAGUCGCUUCGCGACACAGUUCUGUCGUUCCAUGUACAACCUGGGAGCCGACGAGUGCGAGGCGGUGUCCGGCCCCCGCUCGCUGGUGUGGGCGGUGCUGCGCGCGGGUCGCUCCGUGCUGCUGGUGGUGCGCGGCUCCAACACGCCGCAGAACUGGCUGGCGGACGUGGCCUCCAUCCGCACCCUCAACGUAGCGGACCUGGGAGGCGGGCCGGCGGGGGUGAACGUGGCGGCGGGCUUCUACAGGGUGUUCGAGGCCAACCGGCGGCCGCUGGUGGCGCGGGUGCGCAAGGCCAUGAGGGGCGCCGCAGCGGCCGCUGCUGCUGCUGCGGAGGCUGCUGCGGAGGCUGCUGCAGGGACCACAGGAGCCGCAUCCCUCGCCACUAAGGCAGCAGGGCCGGCGACACGGCUAUACAGUAGUGGCAGCAGCAGCCCAAAGGAGGGAGCUGGCGGCGACGGGGGCGGUGGAGGUGGUGGCGGCAGCAGCAGUAACAGCAGCAGCGGCAGUGGCGGAUCGGCGGCGGUUGACAAGGGGGGUGCGCGGCUGUGGGUUCUGGGUCACAGCCUGGGUGGGGCGGUGGCGCUGAUGGCAGCGGCACACCUGGAGGCGGCGCAUGGCCUCCGCGCUGCGGGUGUGUUCACGUUCGGUUGCCCGCGCACUGGCGACAGCAGCUGGGCGGCAGCAUACCGCCUGGCCGACGUGACGCUGCGGCUGGACAACACGGGCGACAUCAUCCCGGGGUUGCCGCUGGGGGCGACGUGGCGCCACGUGGGCGCGCAGGCGGUCUUACAGAACUGCCAUGCCGCACCGCCGCCGCCGCAGCAGCAGCAACCGUCACAGCUGCAGCAGCAGGCAGCAGGCGAGGUGCUGCAGCAGCCCCUGCAGCAGCAGGCAGCACCGGCAUCGUCUGCGUCCGCGGGGGGUCCGCAGCAGGAGGCGCAGGAGCUGCAGCAGCUGCUGCUGUGGAGGAGGGGGCAGCUGCUGAGGCUGCAGCAGCAGCAGGACCGGGAGCAGCAGCAGCAAGAGGAGGGACAUAUGCUCCCAGCGCAGCAGCAGCAGCAGCAAGAGCGGUAUGAGCAGCAACUGCUGCUCCUCCAACAGCUGCAACAGCUGCAGAAGCAGCUUCAAGACCUCCAGCAACAGGAGAAGCAACCCGAGCAGGGGGUAAGCCAGGCCGUGUCGUUUCCCGUGCCCGGCUGGCUCCGAGACCACAUGAUCCAGACCUACGUGCACGUCAUGUGGAACUGCCUGCCCAACAGCGAGCGGAAGCUAGUGCCGGGGCCGGAUGACGUGUACGGACUGGUGUACGGCAAGACACUGCCGUACAAUGAGACCACGGUGUACGGCGAUUCGUACUACGAUGAUGCGGACGGUGACGGUGACGGUUGGGGAGAGGUGCUUGGCGGUGGCAGCGUUGAUGGAGGGGCUUCCCGCUAGGUUUGGGGGCCAUGGCUGGUCGGAUAGGUGCGAAGGAUUGCAAUGAGGAGGUUCCUAACUGGUCCUCCGAUAUGCAACUAUAAGUUCCAUAUAGUGGUUGAUGCCGUUGUGCUGGACGGUUUCAGCAGGUAGCAGGUUAUAUAUAGUGGCUUUGGGAGAGGGUCGGCGUUCCGGGCGCUGUAACUGUUGCUGCGGCGCACCUCGUCUGACCCUGCGACCCGUGGGUCAGGUAUUGACGGUAGGUAUUGCUGGCAGGCGGAAGAAGGCACGACGGAAUGCUUAAACUACCGGUCUUUUGCAGCGGCUCUGUCACCUGGUGUCGUUGUUGCUGCAUCCGUUUUGAAGGUUUGUUGUUCACAAAUAACUGUAUGUUCGUUCCGAAACCAGUAUCGUACCCAUGUACCAUGCGCUCAUGCGGCGCCCUGGAUGUUUUCUGUAUCCCUACGGUAGCCCAAGCGUGUCAGUCGGCAAUCCGGUUAGCGCAGCCCAAGUGCAAUAGAGCUUUAGGCUUUCCGUCUGGCAUUCAUCCAUGCGACGGCGGAGGACGGCUUAUGCUUGGCUUUUGUACAUAAUACGUCGGGUCGCAAUUGACUCAAAUUUGUGAAGAUAGAGGUCCAUGCACCAGACCUUCUGCCAUUUGCCAACGUUCUUAGUCCCUUCUUGUAUUUCCUGUACCACUACCGUUUGUGCCAG